AUGAAGGCUGAUAACAUCAACAUGUCAAUUUUAUCCAAUACCCUCACCUUCUUCAUCAUCUUCUUGCUUAACUCCUCCUCCUCCUCCAACGCAGCAGUCCAAGACUUUUGCGUCGCAGACCUUACAGGGCCUGAGAACCCUGCUGGCUAUCCCUGCAAGAACAUCUCCAAAGUCACUGCAAAUGACUUUUAUUUCCCUGAUUUCCUUACACCCCACAUAACUUAUCUUCCCAAGUUUAAUGCUUCAGCAACUCUUGGGUUCACUCCCUACUUCCCUGGUGUCAAUGGUCUAGGCCUCUCGUUGGUGUGCUUUGCUAUAGAGGUUGGUUCAUUUGUUCCCAGUCACACUCACCCCAGAGCCAAUGAGGUCAUCGUCAUGAUUGAAGGGUCCAUCAUAGCUGGUUUCAUCUCGUCGGAUAACAAAGCUUACUAUAAAACUUUACAGAAAGGCGACGUCUUUAUCUUCCCUCAAGGUCUGUUGCACUUUGAAGUGAAUGUUGGGAAUAUUACGGCGAAGAUCCUCGCUGCCUUCGAAGGCUCAAGCCCUGGCAUCCAGGGAACCAUAAUGUCUUUGACUGGUAAUGACCUGCCUUCUGAUGUUGUCCAGAAGGUGAGCUUAAUCUUUGACAAAGAUAUGGUGAAGAAAUUCAAGGCCAUGUUUGGUGCCGUCCAAGACUUUUGCGUCGGAGACCUCACGGCGCCGGAGGGUCCUGCCGGAUACUCAUGCAAGAAAGCAUCCGUUGUCACUUCCAAUGACUUCUUUUACAAGGAUAUCUUCAAGUCCAAUCUAAAUUUCCCUACUAUCAACCUAUUUCUGACAUAUUUAUUCAGCCAACAGUUCCCUGGCCUUAAUGGCCUGGGUAUGUCGCUGUUGUCCAUUCAGAUGGGACCUGGUGGUAUUGUCCCAGCGCACACUCACCCUAGGGCCAAUGAGGUUAUUGUUUGCAUUGAAGGGACCGUUUACGCUGGCUUCAUCUCAACUGACAACAAAGCUUAUACUAAAACUAUACAGGCAGGUGAUGUCUUUAUCUUCCCUCAAGGUUUGUUGCACUUCCAGUUGAACGUUGGGAAAGGACAAGCAAAGGUCCUGGCCUUCUUUGGUGGCUCAAGUCCAGGUAUCCAAACACUACCGUUUUCACUAUUUGGGAAUGACUUGCCUUCAGACGUUGUGGGCAACGUAACCUUUUUAGAUAAUAAUGUUGUGAAGAAGCUCAAGGCCAGGUUUGGAGGAACAAACUAA